AUGGAGACUUAUCACGGUUAUGUGCGGACACCCGCAGAUGCCAUCAAGCUCUUCGAAGCUUGUAGAUUGGGAUUAUUACCCCGAGUCCAGCGACGAUUAUCAGAGAAGGAACGACAGGCCAUAAGAUCCGGAUCAGUUUUUGUAUGGGAUGAGAGAGAGGCUGGUAUGCGUAGAUGGACUGACGGAAAAUCCUGGAGCGCAAGCAGAGUCUCGGGCAGCUUUCUCACCUACAGAGAGAUGGAGGGCAAGCGCGGAACCACAUUCGGCACUGCAAGACGAAGCAACGGCAGGACACCAGACAGCGGUCGACAUAGUGAUGAUGACCCGGAUGGCGGCCAGCCCGAAGGCUACACAUAUAAAGCAGAUGGCCUCAUGAAGCAAUCUUUCAGUAUUACGACAUCGCAAGGCCAACACCUUCACUUGAUCUCGUACUAUUCUAGGCCACAUACCGGCGCUCCUGAUCUCCCACAACCAAGCCUUGAUCCUCAACUCCGACAAAUUAUCCCUGCUAAGGGCAUGUAUCCGGAGUCAAGUCUACACGACAGCAAUGCGCCUGCUCUCACGCGAACUCCCAUGCAGCCAUAUCAUGGCCUUGCACCACCACAGCUUGAACAACAGGGCUACAAUAAUUAUAUGACCUCUUGGGGACCAACGUGGCAAGGCCCGUGGCCGCCAUCGCCUAACCAUACUCCCCCAUGGACACAGGGCAAACUUACGCCAGAAAUCCAACCUCAGGCUCGGCCACAACCGCCACACCAUUCUCAAAGACCUCCGCAACUUCCACCCCUCCCGACGACUUCAGCCCAAGCUCCCCCUAUUUAUCCCAAGGCCCUCAAUGGCUACGAGAACGAUCGCCUACCCCCGCCUACUCUAAAUAGGACAUUUCCGAUGGCCAGUCGUACUCCUAGCCGUCCUCCGAGCCUAUCCCCACAGUCGCAACAGCUUCAAUUACAGGCUGCGCAGGCUGCACAAGCUGCACAGGCCGCACAGGCUGUCCAGGCGGUUAUAGAUCCCCGGCUCUCUGCGACGAGCGCACGCAACCCUCAAGGCCCGCUUCCUACGAUGCCAUCGGCGUCUCGAGGAUUAACACCUCCGAGGAAUUCUUCUACAUCACCGCCUAGAACGAUGGGUCCAGAAGUGGCUAAUGGCAAUGCGAAUAAGGCCAGCUUGUCUGCCCUACUGAAUAGGACCCCGGCAAACUCGGAGCCAAGUAGCGCGAAUCCUGGAAGCAAUAACAGUGCAGGGAGCUCACCGAGAGCGCUCUCGACAGGAGCAGCAAACGUACCAACAGUCACGGAGGAUACUCGAGCAAUCCAAUCUCUAAAUCGCAAAUUCUACAUCUAA